AUGGACGAGCUCAACGAACUUGAAGCCGAUCCUCUUGCUGCUGAAUCCGAGGAUGAACUUGAAGACUUAGACAAGAGAAGAAGUAUUACACAAAAUCUCACAGAUAGGUCUUCUUCAGAGGAAUUCACAAGUUCUACAGUUGACAAAUGGCAUGUCAAUAAUCCCUCUAUUCAGAAAGAGGCUGAAAAGCGACGAAAGAAUGCUGAAAGACAGAGGAUUUUGCGUGUAAAGAGGAAAGCCGAGAAGGAAGCAGCAAAUGCAGAUUCCGAAGAUCACUCAGACCAUGAGGUGAAUCGCCACCAUCCUGCAAAGAAAGCACGUGUUCAGGCUCCAAUAGAGGCAGUAAAGGAUGUCGAAGCUGAAAUGAUUGCAUAUAUACGGAUUCGUAAGGAUAUCGUGCAGCCUGCUGCAUCUGGAUUCCGCGGCAAAGGCAGACAACCUGCUAAUCCAAACCCAAAUGACGAAACAUUGUUCUCAUCCCGUGGUCCUAUCUUUGUUCCUCUUGCAACACCAUAUGAUUCCUUCCUUGCUAUGAUUUCGAAAAGUCUUCCUUGCCCCGUUAUCGAUAUUGUUCAAAAUUCAAUUCAAUACCAAGCCCAGUCUCCGAAAACCUCUCCAAUUCUUCCCACUGGAAGCCACAAUGCUUUCAAAGCCAUGGUUAUGCACUUUACAACACAGAGUAGGAAGAAAAAUGCAAAUCUGUCUCUUUUCAUUUACAUGGACAAGCCGAUGAAGAGCAAUGGGCCGACCUGGGAUACUGGCGAAGGAGAUCUCGAGGACCUGUUUGAUUUUUUGACUGUUGAGGCAUUCACUGGUUUGUCAUCAGUGAGCCUGAGUGCUCAAAAGGCAUCCAUAGACGAAGCAAGCAAACCUUUUCUGGAUGUUCUCUGUGAGAAGUACGUUACUGGAAGUAAUUUACUUUACCUGGGAAUUAGGGUCUACACGGAUACAAGGGGUGAAUCCUGGGAGUUGAAUGACACCCGACUGUCAACUUGGGCCUCACAUAUGGCACGUCGUACUCCUGGAGUAGAUGAUAGCCAUCCACCAAAUACGGCUUGGUUCAAUGGAACAUAUAUUCUGAGACCUCUCACUACACCUGCCGCUAUUACUACUCCCACUCCUAUGCCUGCUGCUAUUCCUACUCCAGCAUCUGAUAUCUGUCAAGUCUAUGCCUCGGUGCCCCACUUCGCCGCUCGGUAUUCUGAAGAUCCGUCUUUAUUGUAA